AUGAAGAAAUGUCUUCUACUAGUGAGUCUGUAUCUGCUUGGAUCCGACAGAGGAGCAUCAGGUCAAUCUGAUGAGCUUCCUGGCUCUCUGGACCAUCAAGCUUCAGUUCAGCAACCUUCAGGUGACUACUUUUCACUUGAAAACCCUUCAGAUGGUGAGGCUUUAUAUGAGACUUCUUCAGGCGAGAACACUUUGAGUGAGCAUGGUUCAAGUGAGCACACUGCGGUUGAACACGCUUCAAGUGAGCAUGCUGCAGGUGGGCAUGCUGCAGGUGAACACGCUUCCAGUGAACAACCUUCUGGUGAACAGCCUUCGGGUGAAAAGACUUCUGGUGAACGGCCUGCAGGUGAACAGCCUUCAGGCAUCCCGCCUUCAAGCACAAUUUCAGGCCCAGUAUUAAAUUGCCACACAUGCUCUUAUAUGAAUGACCAAGGAAUAUGUCUUCAAGGAGAGGGAAUCUGUUCCACUCAGAAUUCCCAGCAGUGCAUGUUAAAGAAGAUCUUUGAAGGUGAAAAACUUCAAUUCAUUGUCCAGGGCUGUGAAAGCAUGUGCCCAUCCAUGAACCAAUUAUCCCAUGGAACCAGGAUGCAAGUUAUAUGCUGUCGGAAUCAAUCUUUCUGCAACAAGGUCUAG